GUAUAUAUAGGUACGUAAUUGUAGAUCUCGAAUAUUCUUACAUUCAUUGCAGUAGAAAUAUAACUUACGCAAAAUGAAAGGUCUCGUUCUUUGCGUCUGUGUUUUAAUACUUGCUUCGUGUAGCUCAACGUUUCUGAAACAGGCCAGAAGUAAAGUUCACGACAAAAUUGAAAAUGAUAUUGAAACUUGCUCAGCUGAAGUUGAUGUAUCUUUGGACGAAUUUAUUGACGAAAGAGACAUAAUGGCUGACGUACAUACAGAACCUGAAAAUCUUGGACGAACAAGAAAAAGUGGCUGCUUGAUUGCGUGCGUCAUGAAAAAAAUGAAUUUAAUGGAAGGAACAGAUAUUAAGGAAUCUCAAGUUCAUGCAAAAAUAGAUGAAAUGUUGACAAGUGAGGCAGACUCUGACAAAGUGCAUACAGCUAUGAGUAAAUGCAUGAGAGAAGCGAGAAUUAUUACUGAUGAAUGUGAAAAAUGUUUCUCUAUAUACGCAUGCGUCUCCAGAAUUGCACAUAAAGAACAGAAACAUAAAGAUCACGGGAUGAUCACGCCAGAAUCGGAAGAAGGAGCAACAGAACAUCCUGAAUAAGUACAUACGAAUAAAUUCAAAAGUGAAUAUUAUUCGUGCAAUUACUAAAGCACAUUUGUAACACGCAUACAAUAUAAUUUUAGUUACAUGAAAAUAUAUAUGUACUCUCCGCGUUCCUAUUUUUAAAAUUAUUAAUA